AUGAGAAAUGAGCGUAGACGGCCGUUGAUGUUUGUAAGGGUGCCGUCGUGGAUUCUCUCUGGCAAAGUCUAUGUAAUCACAUGCGGGAGUGCUGGCAUCGGAUGUGGAAUUUUAGCGCAUAUUUUACAACACGGCCUUGCAAAUAGCUUGUUCAGCGCGGCUUUUGAGCAACUUCGACAAAAUGACUGGAUAGCGAAGCAGUUGGCCUCUAAACUCGACCUAUUUAAUAAACUCAUCCUCAAGGCAGGACUAGUUGUUAAGCUUUUUGCCUUGGCUAAGGACUGUAUCGACAGUCAUACGCAGGUUAACGUCUUCGCCCAGAACCAUUUGGCAAUGACGUUACCACCCAAGCUGAUCUCAACACCACACGUCAAGCUCAAAGUCAUGGAAGAGAUCACCACUGAUAUCGGCGAGCUGGAACUCAACCCCUGCCAAGCGCCCUACAUCAUCGCAAUUCAUCCGGGAGGCGUUGUUACCGAUCAACAGGAUCAGGUCAUCGAAACCUACGGCACUGUCGGCAAGGUCGGCGUGGCGGCCGAUGAGACUGAUGGACGAUGCAUUCUACCAUAUCGCAAGGUCACUGAGGUCAGCAACCAAGGCAAGGAUGAUCACCUUGGAGCUUGACUGAGGGUAUCCUGGAAGAAAACUUGCUAGGUCCUGCUGAUAUGAACACCCGUGUCUGACCAAUCAGUAGAAUGUUGAGAAUAGUAGACAUGCCAAAACGAAUCCUCAAACGGGAUGCAAUGAGCAUGGUUGCAUGUUGGACUGCCAUAUGGUGUGAUGCUGUGAAGUUCUUGGCAUACCAUUCGGGCAGGAUCUUGUCCGAGCGAUGAAUUUGGGGCUAUUGCGUAAGUUGUCCGGCAUUCAAUAAUUCAGAAGUUCCCAAUGGUGAUCUGCAAUCCAAUAAUGGUGAAAUCGCAGUCGCGCAUCAGUCACCACCCCAAUUUUGCACCUUUAAGGUGUUGCCAAGACAUGACGACAUUCGGUAGUACAAUUAUGCCUUUGGGACUAAUCC